AUGGAGAACUUCAAGACGCCCUUCAAGGGUGUAGUUAGUGAUAUCCGAGGAAGAGGCAAGUAUUACAAGGAAGAUUGGAUUUCUGGUAUCUGUUCAGGAAUCGGGAUAUUGGCUCCGACCACCUAUAUUUUCUUUGCUUCUGCUCUUCCUGUUAUAGCCUUUGGAGAACAGAUCGAUAGAGACACAGAUGGAAGCUUGACUUCAGUAGAAGCACUGGCUUCAACUGCUAUAUGUGGAAUCAUACACUCAAUUCUGGGAGGUCAGCCAUUGUUAAUACUGGGAGUUGCAGAACCCACUAUCAUCAUGUACACUUACUUAUACAAGUUUGCUAAAGAUAGAGAUGAUUUGGGGCCACAACUCUUCUUGGCUUGGGCUGCAUGUUGCAAACAUUUUUAUAUUAAACUAACAAGAUCUAACAUGGUCUGCGUAAUUUGUACAGGAAAGUUAAGAAGUUUCUUGGCAGACUAUGGGGUUCCUUUAAUGGUGGUAGUGUGGACAGCUUUGUCUUUCACAGUACCAAGCAAACUUCCCUCUGGAGUCCCUAGAAGGCUCUUUGCCCCUCUUGCUUGGGAAUCUUCUUCUUUACACCAUUGGACAGUAAUCAAAGACAUGGGGAAGGUUCCACCUGCAUAUAUUUUUGGUGCUAUUAUCCCUGCAUUGAUGAUUGCGGGUCUUUACUUCUUCGAUCAUAGCGUUGCUUCUCAAAUGGCACAACAGAAGGAAUUCAAUCUCAAGAAGCCUUCUGCUUAUCAUUAUGACGUGUUGCUUCUAGGAUUCAUGACUUUGCUUUGUGGGUUGCUUGGUUUGCCACCUUCCAAUGGAGUUCUUCCUCAAUCGCCCAUGCACACCAAAAGCCUUGCUGUUCUCAAGAAACAGUUGAUUCGAAGGAAGAUGAUGCAAAGUGUGAAAGAAAGCAUGAGGCACAAAGCAAGCAGUUCUGAGAUCUAUGGAAACAUGCAACAAGUGUUUGUAGAAAUAGACAAAAGCCCAAUUAAUACAGUGGUGAAAGAAUUAGAGGACCUGAAAGAUGCUGUGCUAAAAGAAGAAGAGAAAGAAACAUUUGACCCUGCCAAACACAUUGACAAACAUCUGCCCAUAAGAGUGAACGAGCAAAGGGUGAGCAAUCUGGUGCAAGCAUUGCUUGUAGGAGGAUCUGUGUUUGCCAUGCCUGUGAUCAAGAAGAUACCCACUUCAGUUCUGUGGGGUUAUUUUGCUUACAUGGCCAUUGAUAGUCUUCCCGGAAAUCAGUUCUGGGAAAGAAUAAUAUUUAUCUUCAUAUCUCCCAAUAGACGAUACAGGGUGUUUGAAGGGGACCAUGCUUCGUUUGUAGAGACAGUACCAAUGAGAGCAAUAUUGUUCUUCACACUGUUCCAAUUUGUAUAUUUGUUGGUUGUCUUUGGAGUGACAUGGAUUCCCAUGGCAGGAAUCUUGUUUCCUUUGCCUUUCUUUGUGUUGAUCAUAAUAAGGCAGUAUCUGCUACCCAAGCUGUUCAGCCCUAAGCAUUUAAAGGAACUUGAUGCUGCUGAAUAUGAAGAAAUCGCUGCUACCCCAAGACUCUCCUUCCGUCUCUCUUCUUCCCAGGAUGCGGAUUCAGCAAGUAGGGGAUCAAGGGAAAUAGGUGAUGGUGAGAUAUUAGACGAGGCCACAACUGGUAGAGGAGAGUUGAAGGUCGUCAAAACAUUUAGCUUCAGAUCAGAGGAUCAGAUACAUGCAUAUCCACAGGCGUUGCAAGUGUGCCCUGAUGAAAUCCAGAGCGAAUAGGAUUCCUAGAUUAAUGCAAAGAUCUUUGGGGGAAAAAUAAAGCUUGUGCA